AUGUGGGCACAGGCAGAGCUGGCAUCAGACAAAGUGUCAGCAUGGGCCCGCGUGGACAGCGGCUCGCUGUUGACUCCCAGCGGCUGUGACAUGGGCUGUGACGUGGCUGAACCCAUUACACUGGUGGAGAACACGGACAUGGGGACACCUGGCAUAGACCUUGGGUUGAGUCCCGAACGAGGCUGGGAGUUUACUUGGCAGUGCCAGCUGCGCCCUUUGCAGUCAUGCUGUGACUUUAUCCACGUGUAUGAUGGUCCAACUACUCAGUCUCCAUUUUUGGGUUCUGUGACUGGAAAUCAUAGAACUUCCUUCAGAUCAUCCAGCAAAUACAUGACCGUCAAUUUCGCCAGUGAUGGCCACGUGAAUCAAAAAGGGUUUCAGGCUAAAUGGGCUUUCAAACAUUCUGCAGCUUGUGGGGGGAUCCUUCACGGGUCAGGCUUCUUCUCUAGCCCUUAUUACCCCAAUUAUUACCAUGGCAAUACGUACUGUGUGUGGCAGCUCUUGGCUCCAGCUGGUCAGACCAUCUUCCUCUCGUUCCAGGACUUAGACCUGGAUUCCUGCUGCAGCUGUGAUUAUGUGAAAGUGCAUGAUGGUCGUUCCACCUCCUCACGCUUAAUAGGACAGCUCUGUCACUCUAACAGGAGUCAUAUGAACUUCCAAUCAUCCUCGUCCUACAUGACGGUGCUGUUUAAGAGCGACUACUAUGGGGCUGGGCGUGGCUUUAAAGCCUACUUCAGUGCCUCCCUCGACGAAAUCACAGGCCAUGUGGAUUGCUUCUCAAACAGGAUGAACAUUGCCAUCCGCAAUUCAUACCUGAACACGCUUUACAUCGACUGGGAAGAACUUUAUCUAGAUGACCGUAGCUGCAAAGCUUCAAAAGACAACAACUAUGUAACCUUCAACUUUUCAUUGAAUAGCUGCAGCACCAAAAGGAAGACCCAAGACGGACAUAUUAUUUACUCCAAUAAUGUGCAAGCAGCCCAGUUAACAUCAGGUGGGAUAACUUGGCGUGAUACAACCUUUAUGUUGUCUGUGAGCUGUGUGAUGGAGCGUGAUUCUUCAAUUGGGAUUCUUUAUGAAGGCAAAGAGAUUAAAAAUGCAACCAUCCGUGCAAUGGGUUGGUUCAACACCACCAUGGCUUUUUACUUGACCGAAAGCUAUUCUAACCGCGUCACCAAAUUCCCCUAUGAAGUGACCCUCAAUCAACAACUGUACGUUCAGGCGCAGCUGGCUCAACCUGACUCAAGCCUCCACCUGUUUAUCGACUCCUGUGUGGCCUCACCUAACCACAACUUCAGCAUCCGCACCUAUGAUCUUAUACGCAAUGGGUGUUCAAGAGGCAGGAAAGUAAAUAUAUACAAUAACGGCAAUCAUUACUUCGCUAAGUUCAGCUUCAGUGCAUUUAAGUUCUUGCGCACGCACAAUUAUGCAUUCCUUAGAUGUCACCUUAUUAUCUGCGCUGACAAUGACUAUGACUCACGAUGCCGCCAAGGAUGCUCUAAUCGGAGUAAACGAAGCAUCAGCUCUGAUCACCACACUGAGGUUAUCACUCUUGGGCCCAUCACACUCAAAGGUCCAUAG